CACAUAAAAUUCUCAUCCCUUUCGUACAACUCCCAAAAAAACCAUGUCCUUCCCCACAAACCCUCACCGUCGCCGGCUUGCCUCAACCACCACAAGCGCAACCGCAGCCGUAGACUGCCAUAAACAAGUUCGUUCAUGGCGUCUCCUUCGCACCAUCGUCCAACUUCUCAUCCCAUCUUGUUACUGCACAAUCAUUGAUCCAAAUGAUAUUCAUGAAGACAAAUUAUCUCACCGUCAAUUCAAACCAAGAACCUCUUCCGCCUCCUCAACUGCCACAAACUCCAGUUUUACUGGAACCAUAUUCGGUUUCCGCCGUGGCAAAGUAAACUUUUGCAUCCAAGCAACAAACUCCAAAACCCUAAACCCAAUCAUUGUCCUCUUAGAGCUUACUGUCCCUACUGAGGUAUUAGCCCGCGAAAUGGGAGGGGGCGUGCUAAGGAUCGCUCUCGAAUCAAACAAUAACGAAGGAUAUGAUUCACACGAAGGAUCACUUCUUACAACACCUUUAUGGAACAUGUAUUGCAACGGUCGGAAAGUUGGAUUCGCCAUCAAACGACAGCCUUCGAAAGCUGAGCUCGCCGCGUUGAAGGUGCUUACUCCGGUGGCUGAAGGAGCCGGAGUUGUUAACGGAGAAGAGAUAAACCGAGAGAAAAGUGAUCAUAUGAUGUACUUAAGAGCGAGUUUCAAACGAGUUUUUAGUUCGUUUGAUUCGGAAUCUUUUCAUCUCGUUGACCCACGUGGGAUUAUCGGUCAAGAACUAAGUAUCUUCUUUUUUAGAUCGUCAAGAAAAUGAUCUUGAAUCGUUUUGUGUGUUCUAGCAUAAGGACAUCAAUCGGUGCACUUGCAUACAAUCGUUGGGAUUAUUUCGAGAUUCAUCAUCAGUGGGUUAUUUUUUUCGGCAAACUAAACCGAUUAAUGCGUCUCGUAGAUAUUUUAGCUGUGCUUUUAAUGAGAUGAAAAUGUAAUAAGCAUAGCUUUUGAUGAUCUCAACUUUUGUAUGCUGUAGUGGUGACCAUGUGUUCAUGUGUUUCUUAUAGUGCAAAGUUUUUUAAUCUUCUAAUCUUUAUAUUUGCUUUCUAUUAUUGUCAAUAAUUUGGGAAUAAAGUUAAUAAUUUCUG